UCUACUAUCGUAUUGACAAAAAUGUUCCAAAACAAAUGAAUGAAACUGAUAUUAAUAUAGAUAUAUACCCCGUCAUCUCACUUCUAUAAAGAUAAAUGAACAAUUGAAUGAAUCAAUCUAACUACAUUCAACAAUUAUAAAGGCUAUUCAUUAGAUAAUGUGAAAAAACUUAGGUGUGGGGAAUGUUACGGCAUGUGGCAAUAUGGCGAAACGUCAACAAGAAAACAUGUCUGGCCUCUGGAGUUCUGGCAUUGCUUUUGGUCUUCUAUGUGAUGUUCUCCGUCAACUACUGCGUCAUCACCAACAUUCACAGGUUUCUCCAGGAGAACCCAGAGACAAAGGCAGUGGCAGCAGCUAAUGUUCAGGCAGCACCAACAAAUCAGCCGCAGACAGUUGUGAGGCUCGUGCCACUUGUCAGUUGGGCAGGACUGGAAGAAGAUUUACGUCGGGUUUGUAAUGUAUACCAUCAUAGUUUAUCUGUACCGUAAUUGAAAGGAAUAUCUCAAUUAAUGCAAUGUAUUAUUUUGGUCCAUGUUUUAUAUUUUUCAGCUCAUGCAAUUUCAAAUAAAAGAAUUAUGAUAUUUUUUUCAUUUUAUAUCUUGGGAAUAAAGUUUAAUGUAUUUAUUAUUAAUU